UAUUUAAUUAGUUUCCAUUCCCUGGGAUUUUUUAAAAACAUCAUCUUGCCCAUAAAUUUUCAUUUCAGUAGGUUUCUCUUAAGCCUCCACUAUCAAUUAUCAUCAUAUGCAUAUUCACCAUCUUAUGGUACUUGUAUUUCACCUUUAAUUGCCCCCUAACAUUGAAGUCUUGGGUUUAGGCACUUAAGUCCCAAUUUUAGGCUCCACAGUGGUCCACAAAACUCCCAGUGAAUCAUAAGGAUAUGCCUGCACUGUGAUAAAAGACCCGCAGCACAGCCAUAGCUCUCAGAGUUCAGGCCUGAACAUCCACUUUGGAAUAUUUUAGCCCUGCACCCUAGUCAGCUGUCCCAGUCUCUGAGGCCUGGUCUACACUACGGGUUUAGGUAGACUUUAGCAGCGUUAAAUCGAAUUAAGCCUGGACAUGUCCACACGACGAAGCCCUUUCUUUCGACUUAAAGGGUCCUUUAAACCGGUUUCUUUACACCACCUUCGACGAGGGGAUUAGCGAUAAAAUCGGCCUUUGCGGGUCGGAAUUGGGGUAGUGUGGACGGAAUUCGACGUUAUUGGCCUCCGGGAGCUAUCCCACAGUGCUUCAUUGUGACCGCUCUGGACAGCACUCAACUCAGAUGCACUGACCAGGUAGACAGGAAAAGACCCGCGAAGGUUUGAAUUUCAUUUCCUGUUUGCUCAGCGUGGAGAGCACAGGUGACCACGCAGAGCUCAUCAGCACAGGUAACCGUGAUGGAGUCCCAGGAUUGCAAAAGAGCUCCAGCAUGGACCGAACGGGAGAUAUGGGAUCUGCUCGCCAUAUGGGGAGAUGAAUCAGUGCUAGCUGAACUCCGUAGCAGUAAAAGAAAUGGCAAAGUAUUAGAAAAGGUCUCCAAGGCCAUGAAGGACCGAGGCCAUAACAGGGACACACAGCAGUGCCGCGUGAAAAUUAAGGAGCUACAGCAAGCUUACCACAAAGCCAGAGAAGCAAACGGAAGGUCCGGGGCAGAGCCGCAAACUUGCCGCUUCUACGCGGAGCUGCAUGCCAUUCUAGGGGGUGCAGCCACCACUACCCCAACCAUGUGCUAUGACUCCGUCAAUGGAGAAACACACAGGGAAGACGGUUCGGGGAACGAGGAAGAUGAGGAUGGAGGUACUGUAGGUAGCUCACAGCAGCAAGGAAGCGGAGAAACCGGUUUCCCCAACAGUCAGGAUAUGUUUGUGACCCUGGACCUGGAACCAGUACCCCCCGAACUCACCCAAGACCCUCAGGGCACACAGGAGACCUCUGCUGCAAAUGUUUCUCCUUCGCAGAGGCUAGUGAAAGAGAAAACGUAGGACGCGGGACAAUAUGUUCACGGAGCUGCAGAUGUCCUCCCACGCUGAUAGAGCACAGCAGAAUGCGUGGAGGCAGUCAAUGUCGGACAUGAGAAAAGCACAAUAUGAACGAGAGGAGAGGUGGCGGGCUGAAUGGCGGGAUGAAAAGAGCAAGUGGCGGGCUGAGGACGAUAGGUAGCGUCAGCUUGCAGACAGACGGCAAGAGUCAAUGCUCCGUCUGCUGGAGCAUCAAACUGAUAUGCUCGAGCGUAUGGUUGAGCUGCAGGAAAGGCAGCAGGAGCAGAGACCGCCGCUACAGCCCCUGUUUAACCAACAGCCCUCCUCCCCAAGUUCCAUAGCCUCCUCACCCAGACGCCCAAGAACACGGUGGGGGGGCCUCCGGCGACCCAGUCACUCCACCCCAGAUGAUCGCCCAAGCAUCAGAAGGCUGGCCUUCAAUAAGAGUUAAAGUUUUAAAAUGCACUGUGUCC